UUAUUGCAAGCGUGCACUAUCUACAAUGGCUCUCUGUACGUACGAUGAGCAAUCGCGGACGUGGCAUGGACCACAUGUGACCCCCGUCUUCAAUCCGGUCGCCAGCGUUGGCCAGAUUUUCAACGACAUCCUGCUGCGCUCACCGGACCGAAUCAUCCAGAUCGAUGUGGACACGGGAGCGCGGAUGACAUGCGCUGAGUUUCGGCUGCGAAUGAUCCGUGCUGUGCAGAAUCUGGCAUCCGUCGGACUGAGCAAGGGUGACAUCGUAGCACUAGCCAACGGGAACAGUGAAAAUGUGGGGCCACUCUUCUGCGCUCUGUUGACACUAGGUGCAACAGUUAACCCUUUAGCACCAGGCUUCAACAAGCAGGAUAUGGCGCACAUGCUGCGUCUGGCGCAACCGAAAAUGAUCUUCUGUGAGGACAGCAACUACGAAAUAGUGAAGGCUGCCUCGGCAGAGGCGAUACAGGGGAAUAGCCCGCCUUUGUUUGUAGUCGAGAGCGAGCGAAAAGAUGUGCGCCAUGCAGAAGAACUACUGAAGGAGACAGGACGCGAGGAGUCCUUUUUUCCUCCUCAGAUUGAAAAUUCUCGAGAGGCCAUCUCGUUGAUCCUGUGCUCUUCCGGUUCAACUGGACUGCCGAAGGGUGUGUGCUGGUCUCACGCACACCUCAUCAACAUGUUCGGAUGUUAUCCCAUCUCGGACAGUACGGUGAGCUUCAACUUUAGCCCGCUAUACUGGGGUUCUGGAUUGUUCACGUUGAUCGGGUCUUUCGGGACAGCAGCGACGCGGCUCAUCACACGCAAGUCGUUUUGCGUUGAGACGUUCUUCAAGGCGGUAGAACAAUACAGGGCCAACUUCAUCUUUAUGCCUCCCGCGUACGCCAUUGAAGUUGUGCGCCAUGAACGCGCCUCCCAGGUGGAUUUCUCGAGCAUCAAGAGGAUGGCUUUGGGUGGUAGCUUCGUGUCGGAGGAACUGCGUGAUCGCUUUGAUCGUCUUCUUCCAAAUGGACGUACGUUCAAUACGAUUGGCAUUUCGGAAAUCGCUUGGGUGACAUGCGAUAUUGGCCAGCGUAAGCGCGGUUCCGUCGGUACACCCAUGACCAAUGUUAGCGUGAAGAUCGUAGACGAGGUGACCGGACAAGAUCUAGGCGUCGGUGAGCGUGGUGAGGUGUUGUUCCGGUUUCUUGAACCGUUCAAUGGAUAUUACGGUAAUCCUGAGGCAACGAAGGCUGCUAUUGAUGAGCGUGGCUAUACACGGUCUGGGGACAUUGGCCACUUCGAUGAGGAUGGAUACCUCUUCUUGAUGGAUCGGCAGAAGGACAUCUUCAAGUAUCGCAAUUUUACCAUCUCACCUUCCGAGCUGGAGUCGAUUAUAAGCCGUCUGGACGGUGUACGCGAGGUGUGUGUCGUCGCUGUGCCGGAGGACGCCGAGAAGACGUCGGAAAUGCCAGCGGCCGUGAUUGUACGCCAAGCCGGCAGUACUCUCGAUGCAGCACAAGUUAUCAACUUCGUCGAGGAGCAGGUUUCUGACUUUAAGCGUCUUCGUGGAGGAGUCCACUUUGUCGAGGAACUACCAAAAACACAAAGCGGCAAGAACCUUCGGCGGAAGGCACAGGAGAUGGUGCUGGCAAAGAUCGGUUCUAAUGGAUCUCCAUAGCAGGUGCCACCGUGUGCUCUAUUACUCGGAAGGGAAGUAGUGAAGGGAUCGAAAAAAGAAAUAUA